AUGAUGGCCGGCAGCAUCGAGAAUGGACAGCCGAAUUCAGACUCUAUGUACGCUGCGCUCUCCGGCCCGUUAUUACCAUGGCAGACUCGGCUCAUCAAACUCUGCCCGGGCAGCCUUGGAGACCGCCUGGUUGCAGAGAUGUUCAUCGCGGAUCUGACUCCUUUCGAGGGCCUGGGUAUUCAUAGAGAAGCACGAUAUCAACAGUACGAGGCUUUGUCUUACUCGUGGGGAUAUCCGGCUCGAACGGCGGAAGUCGAAGUCAAUGGCAAGGUAGCAUACAUACCACCGUCAAUGGCGGAUGCAUUGCAAUACCUUCGUCAAACGGCUGAGCCGAGAUGGCUAUGGUGUGACGCUCUGUCCAUCGAUCAGGAGAACGCCGCGGAGAAGUCAAAUCAGGUCCAGGUCAUGAUGCUCAUUUUCUCAAAGGCUCGCCGAGUAGUUGCGUGGCUGGGCAUGCCGCCCACUGGCAUGACGACCGUACCACAAGGUUUCCAAGUCGAUGUCGAGGCCAAACAUCAAUCGCAAAGUGCGCAGAACACCGUCAUACUCGCCCUUGCGCAGGUUCCAUUCUUCGAACGGACCUGGAUCAGGCAAGAGAUCUUCGCUGCUCAUGAGGUCAUGUUUCAGUCCGGCGCAUUUCAAUAUCCCUUCCAUGCGUUCAUGAAUGUGGCCAAGAAACACGACUCACUGGUCGUUCGGACUCGAAUUGAGGCUUUUCAACGAACGUAUUCCGCCUUCAACAUUAGCGCAAUGUCAGCGUCGAAGGAAAAGAUGUCUUCAUUGGAGGUCUGGGAACGAAGGAAGCUAACUAGGGAUACCAUGAACUCGAUCCUGGCUGUACUACUGGGGAACAAGGUAUUCAAUUGCUCGGAUCAAAGAGACAGAGUGUAUGCUCUGAUCGGCAUGGGACAAAAUACCGCCGGAGGGCAUUUUGAUAAUUUGAGAAUCGACUAUACCCAAGGUGUUAGCGAGGUAUACCAAGACCUCACGAAACAUCUUAUCAACGUUUCCCAGAGCCUGGGAUGUCUUGAGAUGUUACGCCAGCGGGCACCCCGGGGCGAUCUUCCUACGUGGGCCAUAGAUUGGCGGCAAGACACAGAUGCUGUCUGCAUCGGCAUUGGCGAAACGGGCAUCAGAGAGGAGAUGCCAGAAGAGUAUUUGUUUUGGACAGGAGCUGCCAAUGGUGACGACUGGGAGCGUCGAAACGCCAGAACAAUUGAGGCUCCUAUCUUCAGCUGGGUAGGAGCUGCUUGUGUUCAAGACUUGGAUCGUCUUGAUGAGCUCGUAUUGAAAGCUUCAAAGCUAGGCACCUUGGGUUCCUCCCCUCGUAAAGCGUCCGAGAUCCAGUCAGCAUAUACCAGAGGGACCUAUCUCCAGGGGGUAGAUGAACAGUUGCAGCAACUCGUUCAGUCUGGUACCUAUCUUGUCCGAGGGUUUCAAUUCGAUGGAGCGCCUGGCCCCUUCGACGUUUGCGCACCACACUGGGCAGAGGACGGAGACUGGGUAGUUGUCGCUGCUGGUGGUGUUCUGCCGUUCAUAUUGCGACCAACCCGUGGCGAUAAACUUCUAUUCAUCGGGGCUUGUUGGUUCGAGGAUCUUCCAAUCGGGCCCUACCUUCCCCAUAGGACCAGACUCCAUGACUGGGUUACGAGACUGGACUGGUGUAUGUCGUACGGACCAGCCAAAAGAGACGACUCUGGAAUGCCACAUCUCAUGGACAUAGCAGCUCGUCUGAAACAUCCAGAUACCCAACGAGAAUUUAUUCUUUCUUGA